AUGGCUUAUUCACAAGAAGGUGCCUCUCUUUCAAGAGCUCCCCUCUUUGAUGGCACAGAUUAUGUGUUUUGGAAGAUCAGAAUGGAAACGUACUUGAUCUCUGUUGAUGUAAAUGUGUGGAACAUUGUUAUCACAAAAUAUGUUGUUCCUAAUGCUAUUCCUUCAGAUCCUGAUGCUAAAUCUCAGUAUGAGUUAAAUGCUAGAGCAAAACAUGCUCUCUUGUGUGGUCUUACCAAGGAUGUGUUUGUUAAAGUUAUGCAUUGUCCAUUUGCUCAUGAAAUAUGGAGCAAGCUUGAAACUAUUUGUCAAGGUGAUGAAACCUUGUUUAUGGCUGCAAUAGAAACUUCCUCAAAGAAAGAUUUAAAUAACAUAUCAGUAGAUCAAUCUGAUGAUUUAGAUCAAGGUGAAAUUGAUCUUGAAGGAGAGUUACUGUGUGCUCUCAAAGAAAUCAAAAGGUUUAAGAAACUUGUAGCUUCUCAUGAAAGUGAAAAACAGAUUUUACAAAUUGAAUUAAAAGAUUCAAAGCAAACAGUUGAGGAUCUGAAAGUCUUACUUGCUGAUAGUGAAUUGAAAGUUAACAUUUUGGAACAGCAAAGUAGUUCUUUACAUAAGCAGAUUGAGCAGUAUGAAAGUACCUUGCAUUUGAAUGAAAUGUUAAGCAAACAAAAACAAUGCAAGAAUUUGACAGGUAUAGGUUUUGAUAGUGUUGAAUCAUCAAAACAAAUUACUAAACUUGCAAACAAAAAACAAUUUCAGGCCUACAACAGAAUGACUCCUUUUAGGUUUGGGUUCUUUCAUGGUUACUGUUUUUACUGCAACAAGUUUGGCCAUAAGGUUAACACUUGCAGAUUUUUGCAACAUAGAACUUCUAUGUUUGGACAUAAUCAAGCCUCUGGUUUUCCAAAUACUGUGAAGUGCAUUAAGUGUAACUUCUUUGGACAUACUUCUUCUCAAUGCAAGUCAAAAGAAAAAAUUCAUAAGGUGUGGAAACCAAAGUUUGUCCCUAGUUCUGAACAGUCUAUGAUAGUGCAAACUGCAUUUCUUUCAAGUAAAAAGUCAUUGUGGGUGUUGGACAGUGGCUGUUCACACCAUAUGACAGGAGACAGAAAUAAAUUCCUUCAUUUUGAAAACUUUGAUGGAGGUUUUUAUGCUGCUGCUCGAACACCUCAACAAAAUGGGGUGGUUGAGAGGAAAAACAGAACAGUUAAAGAGAUGGCUCGCACAAUGCUUAAUGAGGCAAAUCUGCCAGACAGAUAUUGGAAAGAAGCUGUUCACACAGCUGUUUAUAUUCUGAAUCGUGUGCAAAUUAGGGAUGUUGAAGAGGAUAUACCAAUAAGGCUGGAACAAGUUUCUAAAUCUGCUGAAGCAGAAAUUACAAAUGAGAAGAGUCCUCCAUCAAGUCCUAAAGCAGAAAAUCUUUUACAUACACCCUCUAGAAUCAUUACUAAAAGACAUCCUCAAAGUCAAAUUAUUGGUGAAAUAGAUGCAGGAAUCUUGACUAGGAGAAGAGCAAGAAUUGGUGAACAAGCUCAAAUGGCUGAGCAUUACUGUCUGCCAGAAGGGUUUGUCUCUGCAGAUAAACCUAAUUAUGUAUACAGGUUGAAAAAGGCUCUAUAUGGUCUUAAACAAGCUCCAAGAGCUUGGUACUCCAGGUUAGAUGCUCACCUUACAGCAAAUGGAUUUACGAGAGGUGGAGUUGAUAGUAACUUAUAUGUCAAAGUUGAAGUCUGUUUGGUUUCACGAUUUCAAUCUGCCCCUAAACAAUCUCAUUUGAUAGCUGUGAAAAGAAUUUUAAAGUACAUUCAAGAUGAUAGAAAAAGCACCAGUGGUGCAGCUUUCUUCCUAGGAGAUCGUCUUGUUGCCUGGCAUAGCAAAAAGCAAGAAUGUGUCACUUUAUCAACUGCAGAAUCUAAGCACAAGUGGCUGACAUUUUCACCAAGGCUCUAUCUAAAGAAGUAUUUGAACAUUUCAGAGACAGGUUAUUCUGAGUUUAUAGGUUAUUCUAAAGUUUCACAGUUGGAGUUACAGGUUAUUCUGAGUUUCACAGAUAGUUGGAAUUACACAGUUGGAGUUACAGGUUAUUCUGAGUUUCACAGAUAG